CUCUUCUUCGAGGUUGAAAGGCACUUCCCUCGGUGCUGUGAAAAGUCUCAGGUGGGUCACUUUGCAUCCUGAGUUUUUACCUUCAGGCUUAACGCUCCCCAGCCUGGAUCGUCCAUGCACCAAAACCAGUUGAACCGUAUUUGCGAAUUUGCCGACUUGCUGAAAUGCGUCUGUAACCCUGAUGUCAGUAUCUGUCAUUGACGCACAUGUGCGGGUGCCGGCGGGGGCGGGGUGGUGGUGGUGGGAGCCGCUCUGUGGGCGUGACCCCAGCUGGCCUGGGUCGAGGGACGGUUCUGCUCCUGGUUUCAGCGUCUCAGAGCGGCGGCCAGAGGAUCGAGUCACAGUGCGGUGCGAGCUGCUUGGGUGCUGGGCCCCUUUCUCCUGAAGCUCGCUUCUUGUGCAAAAUAGAGAAAAUAGACUCCACCAGGGUGAGUUUUUAGGACCGAACGUUAUUAUCUCUGUGAGGUACGUAUGUAUGUGUAUGUGUGCGUAUUUCCCUAGUAGCCGUGGUGUAGCAUUUGCUUCGUAAGUAUUUUCUGGACUUUACAGAACAUAAACGACCACAGACACCGUGUGCUGACUGUGUACUCCAGAACACUCCUCACCCUCUCUGAAUUUGUGUCUCUGUGUGAAAUGACUUGUGAAUCUCCGUCUCCCGGCGACUCCCUCCGGAGCUGACGCCCACGCCGUGUCUCUCCCUGGCAGUCUCCUCUAGGCUGAGCUGGGUGCCGGACUGAGCACCCGCGUCAGAGGCUCACCUGUGUCGCAGGGCUGCUCCUGGAAGCUGCCUUCAUGUCGUCUGUGCGGGAGCUCCUGCAGCCUCAGCCCGUCCAGCCUCCCUCACCUUUGGUGCAAAGAAUCUUCCCCCGGAUUCUGCUGCUCUUUGCGUUGCCUUUACAUACACUUCCUCUGUCCUUUUGUGGAAGCUGCUUUGGCUUCAGCCUAUGGUGAAGGGUGGCUCUUCCUUCUGUCUUCAGGUCACCUCCCCAGGCAGAGGAUUCCCAGGUUUCCAGCACCAGGUCUGUCUGCUGAGCUCUGGACACUCCGCAUCCUCCAAGCUGGCCAACAAGCUGGAUACUUGAUUAUGUGGUGCUUACUGCACGCCUCUUCUUCAGUGUGCACGAGAUUCCCAAGUUCAGCCUGUCUCCAGCUCAAGUUGCCCUUCCUUACCCUCGCCCACACAAGACAGAGCAGCUCAAGUGGCUUAUACCUCCUGUGUUUGCAUUUUGGUGAAAGGUACUUUUUCCUACAAAAAUUACUCAAGGCAGGGCCUGAACAGCAGUCUCUCUUCUCUGUCCUUAACUUUUAUCUUGCGGGAUAGGCAGUCUGUUCACAGGGUUAGAAACCUGAAAGAACCGCCAGGCCCCUCACCUGUCUCCUCGCUUUGUCUCAUCUUCCCACCUGAAGAGCAGUCAGCGCAUGGAGCCCUGGGGACACCUCCGCUUCGGCACAGACUCGCAGGAUGCUUAGAGGGUGGCAGUUGACUUGAAAGCAGAAGACCUUUCCUAGGUACAUAAAGGAAAGUCUGUAUUGCAUUUUAGAAGAUUUCUAGCAAACAGCUAAAAUUAGUAAGAAAUUUAUUUUCAAUGACAUACACUUUUCUGUAAGAUUUACUUCUGUACGAUGCCUCAUUCUGUGAUAAAAUAGAUUUGACACAUGAAGACGUGACACAUACACAUUUUAUGCUUUGUAUGUUUAUCACUUGCCUCAGUCUUCCUGUGAACCUUUUAAAUUUGGGAUGGUAGCUAGGUUUAUGUACUUUAUCAUUCUCCCAAAGAGUAUUUAUUAUACGUGCCAUUGAGCCCACUGCUGAGGAUACAGCAGUGCAGAAGACACAUCCCACACCCUUGAAAUCGUGCACGUCGCUUCUGAACUAGCAAUAGAAGCGUUGGGUCAGAUUUAUUGGCUGUUCUUCAUUUAGUUCAGGAAUUUUUAUUGAGUAUUGAUGUGACUUGGUCACUGCACUGGCCCUGGAGUGUCUUCACAGGUGAAUAUGCAGUACAACAAAAGGGCUGAUGAAAUGGCUUCCGUGGAAAGUGAGUGCGUGAACAGAGUUGGAUCAAGACCUACAGCUGUUCACGUCCCUUGUAAACCAUGUCCUGUUCUGUCACAGUUGCACACACUCCUCAGUUUACUGACUGCUUUGGCGUAGUGUCUGGUGUAGGCGUGUGAGAGAUGGUCGUAAACUACUCUGGCCACGUUAGACUUGGGUAUUAUCAGCCCACUGGGUGGAAAUACCUGAAGCAGCUGAUGGUGACAUGUGUUCUUGAUAUGUAGACAUUUUAGACAUAGUUUACUUAGGAUCUUGGGGCCAUGCUCCGUAACUGUUUAAACCGACACUUUCAGAUUUCGUGUAAACAUAUUUUUAAGAUUCACCUGUAGUAAAAGAAAACAGUACUUAUAUCCAUAAGCUGAGAGAAGCCUGAGGGACUGGAACGUUCUGGUAAAUUCCAAGCCUUGCUUCACGCGGCCUUUCCCAAACCUAGAGAGCAGAGAACAAGUCUCCAGUCUUAGGUAUGUCCCACUAGCUAAAGAAUUUUAAGCUUAACAUGGCAAGAUUCAGGUAAAUGUUUGACAGUGUCUUUUGUUAAUAUGCUUUGGUAACGUGAUAUAAUAAGGCGGAGAACCAUAAGAAAAUAUUUGUAUCGUAAGUGGAAAUGCAUUCGAUCAGUUUCUCUUAUCUGGUUAUCGGUUACUUAAUCUUUUGCUGAUCUCAUUUUUUCUUCCCUUUUCUUCAUCUACCUUUGCACUAUUUUGUUUCUUGGCGUUAUACCCCAGGGUGUUCACGGAAAGAAAGAAUUAAACCUAUUCUUGUCUGCUUUUCACCUGUUACCAUCUCUGAAUUCUUCUAAAGUUACUUGUAAAUCGUCCCAAAGAUGCCUACUUUAUUCAACUAGAAUUAGUAAUAAAAUAUCAUUGUAACUUGUUUAAAGGUGUUUUUACAUAUACAGUUGGUCCUCUGUAUCCACGGGUUCUGCAUCUAUGGAUUCAUCCACCGUGCAUCAAGAUAUUGGGGGGAAAAAGUCCAGCAAGUCUCUAAACGCAGAACUUGAAUUUGUCACGUGCCGGCAACUAUAUACAUAGCAUUUACGCUGUAUUUCCUAUACGUAGCAUUUAUGUAUUGGGUAUUACAAGUAGUCAAGAUGAUUAGGGGAGGAUGUACAGAUGUGCAGGGUGCAUGCGGAUACUACCAUUUAUAUGAGGGACUUGAGUUGCACAGAUUUUGGUAUUUGCAGGGGGUGGUCCUGGAACCAACGGCCCCCCCCCCCUCGCCCCAAUACUGAAGGGUGACUUAAUUCUCACUGAGAAACUUUAUGCUAAUUUCAUGGAAACCGAAUAACUGAUUCACCUACUCCCUCUUGUGGUAAAUAUUUAGUUUUAUCCCGAUGCUUUUAUUUGUAGUUAUUAACUCUUGAUUAUCAUUUUAGCAACGAGAGCACAGAUUUGAAUAGUCCAAAGAGAUUUAAAAAAUCAUUUAGAUGGGCAUGGCAAUAAUUAGGAGGGUGUAGCUAGGGUGCUCAACCCAAGCUGCCUUGUUAGGGUCACCUGCAGAGCCUGGGCCUCACCCUGAGAGAUUCCCUCCCCCUGUUUACAGUUUAAAUCAAAUUAAAUUUAAUCGACUUUGAAAUUUGAUUUUAAAAUUCACAGGUUAUUCUAACAUGCAGUCAGGGUAGAGAACCACCUAUAAGCUGCAGUUUUGCUUCUACAGUUAACCAGUUCUGUAUUCAAGGGGAGAGCAUGUUAUAAUUUCUAAUGAUUUGUACCCAUCUUGUACUUUAUGGUGUGUGAAAGACUUUUACAUAAUUUACAUGAUUUUCCCACAGACCCAUUCCAUACAGUAGGAAAGACCUCACAUGGUAAGUGACUGGUCUGAUGAUCCAGCUGUAGCAGGAGCCAGGAUUGGAAACGAAGGCACUGGCCUUAAUCCACCCGGUUUCUCAGCACCCUGCAGUGCUUCGGUCUCACACGGACUGCGACUUGUUCAUCUUCAGAGCUCCUCUGGUUACGAGCUGUGCACUGUGAGGUGCUUUUUGCUUGUGGCUGUUCCACGGAUUAGCUCUCCGCACAGCACGGAGGACACCGGGCAUCCCGGGCGCUGUGCAGCUCUCAGGUGCCCGGGCCUGCACACCACGCUCAGUGCUUCAGAGGGGGUGUGGGGUGCUGGGCGUCACACAGGGCCAGCAGCCAUGUAGGUAAGAAGUGGAGGUGUUGAUAGACACUUGAUACCUAGACCUAAUAAUCAGCGACCUUUAUGUAUAAGCUCUCAUUAUCGACUAACUGGAAGAUGAUAAAUAAGCUGGUUUAGGUCCAAAUACUACAAAAGAAAAACAGUCUUUAGAUUUUUUUGCUAUAUAGGAAUUUUGUUAUAUUAUUGCUCUUAAUAAAUGGACUUUUGCCAGCCUUAAAAAUAAUUUCUAAUAUAGGAUACCUAUGUUUUUCUAAUACCUGUAUUUGUCUUAAUAAACUUUGACUUCUGUGUAAGUUUCUGUUUUCUCUUUAGUAUUUAGCAAUUAAAGAUAGUGGUCAACUGUCAGUACUUUGAUUUUUUAAGAAUUUAUAUGACAAAAGUUAAGCUUUUACUAUUUCAUAGAAAAAUCUCUUCACAUUGGCACAUACAAAAUAACACUGGCAUGUAUUCAGCACAGUCAGAUUAACAUUUCAUCUGUUAGAUGGGGAUAGGGAGUCUUAAGCUCUCAUCUUUUGGAUGCCAUUUCAGUUUUCUCCAGCAACAGUUUAUACCUUUCUAUUAGAGUUAUUGUACAUUACUUAUUUAUUUGAAAAUCUUGUACUUUUUUUUUUUAAAUCUCUUUGACUAAGCUCAUUAUUUUUUGAUCGAAAAAGUUAUACAUGCAUGUGUUAAGACACACUUCAGACAAUAGAGUGUAAUGGUGAGAAUGCCUCCUUCCCACCCCAGGCGUCUUAGUCCCCUUCCCUAGAAGCAGCUGUGUAUGCUUUUUUAGUUUUCUGUGUUUUAUUCUUCCGUUCUAUUUAAUACAGGUGUCAAAUGAGUUGUAAUAAAGAGCAUCGCGCUGCAAUUUUAUCGUAUGCUUGAUGUGUUCUAGUUGUAUAUCACAUUCUAAAUAAAUGAGAUAACUGGUGACAUUGCCAUUUAAGUUCUGCCUUCUAUUAAUGCAUUCUUUUCAAUUUAUUUUUUUCAACAUGUUAAUUACUGUUCAGUUUAUUAGUGAUAAUUAAAGAUAUAUCUCCAUGAUAUUUUAAAAUGAAGCAAUUCCACUUGUUAAAAAAUCAUGAAUGGUGUUUGUACUAGAAAUUAAUGAUAGUAUAUCGUACAUGUGUGUUUAUGAUACUAUCAAAUCCAUUGUAUGUUAAUGAAAUUGUCUCUAUUUUGUGUCAAGGUGAUGUGAAAAACAACGUUAAGAAAUUUUCUUAACAAACUUUAAACCUUAUUUCCAAAAGGCGCCACUUUGCUUUUAGAUAUUGUAUAAGCAGAAAGCAAGAAAAGGAAAAUGAGACCAGUGGUGUCUUAAGUGACAAACAGCCUACGUAGUCCCUUUUGACUUAGAGCUCUUAAGUUCAGACGCCCUCUGUUACUAAGGCAGUCUGAAAUAUUGAGCAGAAGCCUUGAUUUCUACAUUCUCUACUUGCCGCCUUUAUUAUAGUGUUUAUCCGUUCGGUCCUAUUGGAAGCUUCAGCCCCAGCAAUAGUGACCUUUUUUUAUUGACCUCUCAUCCAUAUAGCCCUCAUUUUGUUUUCCAGAUGGUUGAUGAGUAUAACUAGAUUCUUAAAAUGAAAAAAGUCUCCGUUAUGUUUUACGUUCAGUGGAUUACCUUAAAAGGGUAGAAGGAAAAUUAGAUUCAUUUCCUAGAGCAAUAUUUUCCUUACUAUAUAUAUAAUGUUAAGUAACUGUAGAGUAAUUUGAGUUUUUUUAAAUGAGGAAAACUUUACUCAGUGUUUCCUAGCCUUUUUUGUUUCCUUACGGAAAUUCAAGUUUUCAGAAUAGUCGGAUUCAAUACUAAAUUAAAAAGUGACGUUACUACGUGUACUUCUCUAAGUUUAUUUUUUUGGUGCCAUUUUCGUUUAUUUUUUGAAAAAGGAAAUUCUAGUUUUUGGCAAUUUGUCUUUGGUAAUAUUAAGGAAUUACAAGAGAUCUUAAAAGAUAUUGGAUGGGUGUCCCAGUUAGCAGAUGAAGACUAAUGGUUUGACAGUAAGGAAACAAAAAAUGAGAAGCAAAACAUUUAAGAUUUCAUUGAUCAGAAUAACUUAUUUAAAAAAGUAUAAAGCAUUUCAAAGGAAGGUAAUGCUAUAAGUGUUGUGGUCUGAUGGACCUUUUUAUCUAAUCUUUUUUUUAAUCUGAAUACAUUUUCCAAAUAGAAGCAGUUUUUUUUAAAAUUAAUCAAAUGCAAUAGAAAUAUAGUAGGUUUAUCUGCUUUUGACCUGAAGAUAGUAUCUGAACAUUUUGGUUUAAUUUUUAUAGUUAGGUAAUUCCUAGAUUACAAACCGGUAUUUUCAUGUGCCCCCCUGUACAUUCAAAAAUGUUAAUUGAGGACUGAUUUUUUUGUUUUUUAAAGUUCUUAGAGGUCGGUAGAACUCCAGUGUAUGUUGUAUUUUUAAUGGCAUUCAGAAGGGGGCACAUCCAGUUAAGUAGUUCCUAAGAUACAUACCAGAUACAGAAAAUAACACACACACACACUUUUUCCUGAGAGACCAAUCUCAAAGUAAGACAGGAAUAUAACAAGAAUGUAGAAUGGAAAACCUGAUUGGCUCAGUCUCAGAAGUUUGGGACGAAUGAGAUGACUAGCUCAGAACAGUGUGUUACUGUCGUGGGGUCGUGGGGCAGGCACAAGGCACAGUAGCCUUAGGAAAUGGGAAUCCUGUUGGUCACAUUCUCGGCCAGUAGCAGGGUGGGGGAAGGAGCAGUCCCUAGAUCGUUGCCCUGUACCUCGUUCCUGGGCUGUCACUCAUCCUUGGCUGUGUGCAAAAAGAAAUGCCAAGUAAGCGGUGUAAAGUGGGCGGGAACAGGAGAGUCAAACCAGCUCCGCCUGGCGCCACACUCCCCUGGACAGUGGGAGCUCCAGAGGCAGAGGGUGUGGUGUCAGCCCUGGGGGAAAGUAGCAUUCACUGGGUCGGGGGGUGCUGUGCGAGGCUUCUGUCAUACCUGUGUCAGCCCGUGGAUGCAGACAUUUGAGAAUUACCAAAUUCUUAACAAAUGGUAAAGGAGAAGAUAAUGGUAAUUAACUUAAACUUCAUAUAGAAAUAUGAUUAUCUCUUUGGCAGUAUUGUCCUGACAGAUAAGCUACACCCUGGAGAGAACUCUUUGUGACUUAUUUUUUUUUAAAGCGGUGUAAGUAGGUUUCCAUAUAGCUUUUGACUCUGUGGCCAGCAGAGACAUAUUUCAAGCCCUCUUUAAAUGCUCCUGUGGUAGGUAAACGAGCAGAAAUUAAACGAGCAGAAAUUAAACGAGCUCUGUAAAGACAUUCUUAACACUUCUUAUAAAUGCUGCUGCUACAAUUGCAGGUCCUUUUGGAAUAAAUCAUGGGAUUGAGCUUCAUUCAGAUGUGGUGGAGUAUGCCAAGGAAAAGCUGGAGAGCUUCAUCAAAAAUAGUGAUAGCUUUGAUAAUCAGCUCCUAGACCUAGACUAUCCAUCUAAGAGGGAAGCUGCAGGGCAAGGCUAGGUCACCCUGGUCUCCUAGCAGCUUAUCAAAAGAAUUAUAUGGGCAAGUUGGCAAGGUCCCUGCUGUGAAUGGAAUCGUCUGUCCAUCUCGAGAUGAAGAUAAUCGGCAUGCACCUGUAAAGAAAAGCACUGCUGAGACAUAGAAUUUUAAUGAGCCCCCCUAAAUCAAGUAUGAAACCUGGAAGAGAACACAAGAACCAUGCUUUCAGGAUUAAAAUGAUAACCACGUAGGAAGUCUCCUUUUGAUUCGAGUUCUGUGAGCCUGCAUUUGUGGUUGGUAAUUGUCUGCAGAUAGCGUCAGACAGCCACCAGUAUGACCGGGUCUACUGCGGGGCUGGAGUCCAGAAGGACCACGAACACUACAUGAAGAUACUGCUGAAAGUCGGGGGCAUCCUGGUCAUGCCUGUAGAAGACCAGUUAACACAAAUUAUGCGAACUGGACAAAACACUUGGGAAAGUAAAAACAUCCUUGCUGUGUCAUUUGCCCCACUCGUGCAGCCGAGCAAGAACGACAGUGGCAAACCGGACUCUGUGGGCCUCCCCCCCUGUGCUGUCAGGAAUCUGCAGGACUUGGCUCGUAUUUACAUUCGACGCACACUUAGAAAUUUCAUCAAUGAUGAGAUGCAGGCCAAGGGCGUUCCUCAGAGGGCUCCGCCCAAAAGGAAAAGGAAGAGGGUCAAGCAGAGGAUUAACACUUACGUCUUUGUGGGGAAUCAGCUCAUCCCUCAGCCUCUGGACAGCGAGGAGGAGGAGAAGAUGGAAGAGGAUAACGCGGGGGAGGAGACGGGCCGCGGCGCCGCCCGCGAGCAGGAGACGCCGCCCCAGAACUUGCUGAGGGAGAAGAUCAUGAGGCUCCCCCUGCCCGAGGCUCUAAAAGCGUACUUGACGUACUUUAGGGAGAAGUAACUUAGAGCGAGAAGGAAGAACGCCUACUGAUAACUCCUUUAGUCUUGAAAAUGUAGCAUUGUUAGAUGUUAAAAGAGAAUUCUUUCUUUCAUCAGAGUGAAUUUUUAGUGGAAAAAGUAUAACUUGUUUCUGUCUUGGUAAUAAAAAUGAUGUAUUCUGUGAUUAAAAAGAAUCCCUUUUAUAAAAUAUAUUUUUCUUUAAAUCUUGUUAAAAUUGCUGUUUUAACUUGGAGCGACUUCAAGAGUGGAAUGUAACAGUAGUCAAGACUGGGUCCUUCAGACCCUCAUCUGGUUCCUUACAGACUAGUAGUGGUGAGGGUUAGAUUUAAUCUUCCAUAAGGGGAAAUAAUCAGGAAGCAUAUAUGUAGUCUGAUUCCAAUUGCAGCCAUUUGCAUUUCCUCCGUGAAACCUUUAUCUAACAAGGAAAUCAGAAGCUUUGUGUGUUGCAGUCACUAUUGCUGAGUUGCUGUAGGUCUGUUCCGGGCAAUGUAUGAGUGCAAUAACGAUGCAGAUACGGAGUAACGUAGCUUUAAAAAGCCUCCUUUCAGGGAGUUCAACAGCACUGCUACUCUUGCUCUUGAAUCUGUUGCCAAAAGACAUGGGGAAAACAUCUGCUUCUCUCAUAGAGAUUUUAGGAGCAUGUCAAGUGAAUAUUAAAGUAAAACGUAUAUACUUAAUACAACUCUUAGUUUGGGUGGACCCUUUACAUUUUCAGUAUUUAAAAAUGAUGAGGUUAUCUUACUCUGAAGUUUUAGAAGAUAGUAUAUUUAGGACGGUUUUCCCUGUAGUCCACUGUAUAAAGUAUUUGCUUUAAGAGAGUCCGUUGUUCUACGCGACUGUUGAUGGCUCAUCGGUGAAUCGGCCUGAGUGGGCUGGUCACAGGUGCACUUUAGCAAAGGAAACUCCUGGUUCAUUGGCAGGUUCAUCCUUGACAAGCAGGGCUGCGCCAGCCUGCAUUUGCUUUGAAAUUCAUCUUUGUAGCAUAGGAAGUAGUCACAGAAAUUAUAUGUAGGUGACCUUUUCUUUGAAAAUUCGGAAUCAUGGUGUAAUCUUUGGGACCUACACUGGGCUCAUUUAAUUUCUUCCCAUGUUUUUAUUUUGUUCUUGUUUCUUGUGGUAAAGUAACAGUGAUUUUCAUUUUUUUGAUUAAUAUCCCAUACUACUGUAUUCAUUAUUUGAAUGUCAGUAGUGAAACAGGUGGUAAAUGCCGUUAUUAGUGUUUCUUUUCUUCCUACUAGGGCAUGAAGAGUCAUGCCUUGUUUAAGAAAGUAUACAGUGUAGCAUAUUUACUAUUUAGUGUUCCAUGGAUUAUAUAUUUUUUAGAAGGGAAAAUUUGAGAGUAUCACUUAUCACCACCAGCAUCACUGUUACAACUGUUGAACAAGUAUGCUUGAGGAAACGCAAUCGAUGUGUAGUGGAAGGAUUAUUAUGUCUCUGCAAAGAUUCAACCGUUAGAUGAAUGGUUUAAAAAAAAUCUCAGCUCUGGUAAUUCCACACAUGUAAAAACAACUGUUUGAAAUAGUCUAAGCAUGAAUCAUCCCAGGUAAAUCAGGAUAUUUUAGUAAUGUGAAAGAUAAUUUCGUGGAAGCUGUUCGUUUUUUACCAUUGACUGGGCUUGGGGGUAUCUCCACAAUUUUUCUUAGGCGAUGACUAAGCUGUUAUUGUUAAGAAAUGCCCCAUUCAUUUCUAUCAAGGAAAAAAAAAUAGUUUCAUGCUAUUGUCACGUUAGAAAUGUUCCUUUUAUUUUGAAAUCAGUGUCCAUUUUAGAAGUUUAAUUUGGGGCUCCUGGUGCCCACAUAUUUUUUAUCUAGCCGCCCCCCCCACCAGCUUUGUUGUUUUCGGGGCAAGUGUUCAGAUAACGUCAACACGACGUUUUCUUAAAUCGUGGUGUUAACUAUUCAUGAGGGACGUUUCUGUUUAGGAUAUAUUUGAAGAUGGAGUUUUUCAUAGCAGCUUUUAUUCUGUUGGCUUUGGCAAAAUGUACAGUAGGUUUUCAUAAUCAUUGCCUAUUUUUUGUCAUUGAAAUGUAUCUUUUGUGUUUUUAAAUGCAUUUAUUUCACAGUUGUGUCUUUACUAUUGACUUUAAAUAAAGAAGUAGAAAUAAAGAAUGAAAUUUUAAGCGAAAGCCCUUUUAUCUAUUAAUGGGAAUAUAUUAGAAUGAUUAAGAAUAUUUUGGGUGUUUAUUUUUUAAUGAAUCAUGUUAUAUUUGAGUGUGGAUAAUUGUGUUUUAUAGGUGGAGAGGUAGCAAAUAAAGAUGAAGUAAUUCAAAAUGAUGAGCAGUGUAUUCAUGGGAAUUUACAGUGGGGUAAUUAUUUGUUUUGCGGAGAGAAAGUAGGCCUAGGGAGGGAGCACGACGACUUCCCCCCCUCAGUCAGAUUGCUGCUUGGAGAUGGCUUGAAAUAGCACCCAGGAUCUGAUAGAGCCCGAGAAACUGCCGGCAACACCAUUAACUACCAGGAACAUCGUUUAAAUCUGUACUGCUUAUUGGUCCAUAUAUCUGGUUCUAGUACUAAUAAAGAAAAACGUCAUUAAGAUAGCACACAUAGUAGUUAAAAUACAAAAUGUGGAAGUGUUGGUUUCCAGCUGUUUGAGAGGACAAAAGUGAAGCAAAACCUGUUAAUUUAUGGGAAAACUUGGAAAAUUAUUUUAAAUAAACAGUUGCAUAUAACUAAG